AAUACUACCCGAGCCCGGGCGGGGUCUCUGUUCUCUGGCAGAGGAGGUCCCUUGGCAGCGGGAAGCUCCCUCUCUUUCUCUUGCCGCCGCUCCGAGUCUGCGCCCUGCUGCCAGGCGCCCAGCUCGGCGCUCCCCAGUGCUCGCCCGGCGCCCACUCAUUCGCAGCCCAGCCUUCGCCGCCGCCGCCUCCCUGCUCCUCCUCCUCCUCCUCCUCCUUUCCCCAGCCCGCCGCGGCCAUGGCGGACAGCGCCAGCGAGAGCGACACGGACGGGGCGGGGGGCAACAGCAGCAGUUCGGCCGCCAUGCAGUCGUCCUGCUCGUCGACCUCGGGCGGCGGCAGUGGCGGUGGCAGCGGGGGAGGCGGCGGCGGUGGGAAGUCGGGGGGCAUUGUCAUCUCGCCGUUCCGCCUGGAGGAGCUCACCAACCGCCUGGCCUCGCUGCAGCAGGAGAACAAGGUGCUGAGGAUCGAGCUGGAGACCUACAAACUCAAGUGCAAGGCGCUGCAGGAGGAGAACCGCGACCUGCGCAAAGCCAGCGUGACCAUCCAAGCCAGGGCUGAGCAGGAAGAAGAAUUCAUCAGCAACACUUUAUUCAAGAAAAUUCAGGCUUUGCAGAAGGAGAAAGAAACACUUGCUGUAAAUUAUGAGAAGGAAGAAGAGUUUCUCACUAAUGAGCUCUCCAGAAAAUUGAUGCAGUUGCAACAUGAGAAAGCUGAACUGGAACAGCACCUAGAACAGGAGCAGGAAUUCCAGGUCAACAAACUGAUGAAGAAAAUCAAAAAGCUGGAGAAUGACACCAUUUCUAAGCAACUUACAUUAGAGCAGUUGAGACGGGAGAAGAUUGACCUUGAGAAUACAUUGGAACAAGAACAAGAAGCAUUAGUUAAUCGUCUCUGGAAAAGGAUGGAUAAGCUUGAAGCUGAAAAGCGAAUCCUGCAGGAGAAAUUAGACCAGCCCGUCUCUGCUCCACCAUCGCCUAGAGAUAUCUCCAUGGAGAUUGAUUCUCCAGAAAACAUGAUGCGCCACAUAAGGUUUUUGAAGAACGAAGUGGAACGGCUGAAGAAGCAACUGAGAGCUGCUCAGCUACAGCAUUCAGAGAAAAUGGCCCAGUAUUUGGAAGAGGAACGUCACAUGAGGGAAGAGAACCUGAGGCUGCAAAGAAAGCUGCAGAGAGAAAUGGAGAGAAGAGAAGCCCUCUGUCGACAGCUCUCGGAGAGCGAGUCCAGCCUGGAGAUGGAUGAUGAAAGAUAUUUUAAUGAGAUGUCUGCACAAGGAUUAAGACCUCGCACUGUGUCCAGCCCAAUCCCUUACACACCUUCUCCAAGUUCAAGCAGGCCUAUAUCACCUGGUCUAUCAUAUGCAAGUCACACAGUUGGUUUCACGCCACCAACUUCAUUGACUCGAGCUGGAAUGUCGUAUUACAAUUCCCCAGGUCUUCAUGUGCAGCAUAUGGGAACGUCCCACGGUAUCACAAGGCCUUCACCAAGGAGAAGCAACAGUCCUGACAAAUUCAAACGGCCCACGCCACCUCCGUCUCCCAACACACAGACCCCAGUCCAGCCACCACCGCCUCCACCUCCACCACCCAUGCAACCUGCAGUCUCCUCGGCAGCCACCUCGCAGCCCACCCCUUCGCAACAUUCGGUGCACCCCUCCUCCCAGCCUUAAUGCAUGUGCUUAGUCUGAAUUUCAAGUUGGGACUCAUCCAAUGGAGCCGUCUACUCAACGCCAAAGGCUUCCUUCCCUGGCAUAUUUGGAUCUGACUUAUUUGCACUGAGGUUAUCUAGGCUUCACUAUUCAUUGUGUUGUAAAUGUUUGUUGGAAACGCAGCCAGUGUUGUGGGUCAGCAACACUAACCAGACGACUUAUCCCAUCAGUGUUUUACUUGAAUCUACAUGUAUGUCCAUUCCCUGGCUGGAACAUUUGCUAUUUGGUAUUUGGUAGUACAGCAGCAGUGUGCAAUUUUUGCUUGGCCCCAGAGCUUCAUUUUCUUGGUUUUUAGGUUUGUAAAAUAAAAAGGGAUAUCUUUUUUAUAUUUUUUUCCAUGAAUUUGCAGAAAAUUAUUGAGCUGUUUUAUCCCCCUUCUCCAAUUACAGUGGUGUUUACCAAACAUACCAAGAUUUCAGCACUACAAUUCAGACCUUUGAAAAUCUAACUUUCAGUGUAGAAUGGGAAGUUGGAUGAAUCAGUGUCCAAAAUAUAUAUACCAUUUAAUAGAGCUUUCUACAGAUACACUUUUUACAGGUUAUUUUUAGUGUAAAUUGACAUCCAUGUCUCUGGUAAAACAGGUAGCCUAAAGUAAUGAAUCACAUGGCUGUCUCUUCUCCACAUACAUGGGAUGGAUAACUACUGCGUAUUAAGAUGUGAUUCUUCCUUUUAUCCUAAUGUUAGUCCAUCUAAACUGGCUCCUCUAACAUAAGUUGGUAAAUGUUCCACUACCAGUGGUUUCGAUGGCUGAUUUAGAAUGUGCUCUUCGAUUUCUGCAGAGGGCAGCGUGAUUUUAACAGAACCAGUGUGAUUUCUCCUUCCAGUCUUUAUUCAUGUUCUCCUGAAAUAGAGUUCGAACAAACAUUUUAAAGGUGCAAAAUGCUAUUAGAUGAUACAAUUUGAAGUAGACAUUAUACUUUGGCAUAAUGGCCACAGAAUACUGUAUUGCUUGGCAGAAAAGAAGUGUAGAGGAAAGUAGUACAUUAGUAUUGAUGACUGCUUAUUUUGCCCAGUAUAAGGAAGUGCAGUGUACAAAGAAGUAUAUUCUGAAUACAUUAUUUCCAUUCAUUUAGCACAAGUAAAUCCUUUGGUUUCACUCUGGAGUGGAACACUGUGAGUCACUCUUUUCUUAAUACUUGCAACAUCUUUUUGUUUUUCAGUAGUUACUGUUUUGUACUUUGGUAGUAAAGUGAUUUUUACCACCUGUGUUUGCAUAUUUAUAUAUGCUGUGGAUGAAAAUAACUUACUAGAGAAUGUAUAUUUUAUGAUGAGAACAUGUAUCUGUUGGAUAUAAUCAGAGAACUGAAAAUUAAUUUAUCAGUAAUUUUUAAGAGUUCAUGUUUUUGUGACAACCAUCUCUAAUAGCUAACUCCUUAUUGAACACACUCCUAAAAAUAAGGAACCAUGACAUUGUAGAUAUUUAAUAUUGUAUAGUAUAGAAACCUCCAUUUUUGCCUUCGAAUGCAUAUUUAAGAGUUAACAGAAUGAAAAAAAAAGUGUUAUUGGAUAAUAGUGUUUGACUAGCAUUUUAAAAACUUGAGAGUAAAAGCAACAAUAGGAUUUUUUCACCUCUUCUUCCUCCAUCCCCAAACUGAGAACAUCAUCCUCAAUUACUAGAAAGAAAUUAUCAAUCUAUAAACAUUUUAUUUAUAAUGUGUAUGUAAUAUACAUAAUCAUAGUGCAGUUCUCACACAUGAGGAAGAAGUUUGGCAUUUAUUAUUGGGCUUUAGGUUUUCAAUAUCACACUGGGCCAUGUCAAACCUGGGGAUUUCUCCAACUGCUCACUGACCUCCUGGUACAUUAUCGUUCCGAGGAAUUCUGAGACUAGGCAAACAAGUUUUGCCUUCACGGUACAGUUCUUGGUUUUUCUUAUAAGAGAAAUAUGGUAUAUGUUUACAAGAAUCUUUUAUGAGAUUGUAGAUUUCAGUGCUGUUGGACUGUGUCUUGUACUCACACAAGAAAGUCCACAAUGUAAUGAUCUUCCCUCAGUUUUCUGUCAAUUUUGUUACCUCCUGAAAGCACAAGAGUUAAAACAUUGCCAUAUGGUGAAUGAAGAAGCACUUGGAGUGAGCAGACAGUUCCUGAUAAAUGCCUUUUAGAGAUAGGUUCUUGACAUUCAGACUUCUGCAGAAAUGCACUGCUGGUUCCCCUAGACUCAUCAUUUCACUUCAAGAUAAAACACAGCUCCUUGCACAGCACUUUUUCAACAUAAAUCUAGUUGCCUCUCCCUGCAGAUGUUUAGAACUGAUAGAACAAACACUACUAUUUUGAAUUUUUUGAUGUUUCAUGUCAUUUUAAAGGGUUUCAUGACCCCAGGUAGAGCCUGCAAUGCUUGGGCAGUACCUCGUAGGACAAUUUCUUGGCAAUUUCUUAGCCACCAAGGACUGGUUAGAGCCCACAGAGGUAGGACCCCCCUCGCUCAUGGGAAACUGACUUACCUAGGUUGGACUCUUCUCAUGGGGGCUGAAUUUGGUACCUGACAUUCUGUUUCCUACUCCCCCAGGCUAACCCUGGAUUGAUCCCUGAAGGUCUUUGUAAAAUGAGUAGCCAUCCUGCAGGCAGGUGAGAGCAACAGUAGCUCAGUAGCUUCAUUUCCUGUCUUGCUGACAGAGACCCUUGGCUACCACUGUGCUGCUAAUAGGAUAAAAGUACUCUGUUGCCAGAUUACCAUGCCUUUAAACAAAACCAAAUUUCCUUCCUAAUACCUGAUGCCUCUGGGCUCUGAACUGCUUUCUCUCAUCAAGCAUGCUGGCAUUCUAGAGGGAAUUCUAGAAAUUCGGCAGGUGAUGGAAAUUAAACUUACUCCUUUGUUGAUUGGAAGGAGUUUUAAAUUUUGAGCUCCUGAGAUACUGGCUAGCAACCAUGGAAUGAAGGUGUGACCAGAAUGUGGCUUUGACACCAAGUGCUGCUGUGCCUUUGUAAUUGGCUUCUGACUGAUUUGACCAGAAAUAAUUGAUAAUGUGAAUUUUUGUUGAUUGUUCAAUUAUAGGAAAAUAGCAUAUGUAUCUAUCUCCCUUUGUUAGGUAGACAUGAACUGUCCCUGCACGAAGCCUUGCUGUUAGAGGGUACCCAAUAAGGCAAGAAAAAGCAUAGUAACUCGUGCUAUGAGAGCUUAACAUUUUUAUCAGUACAGAAGAAAUCUCUGUAACUUGAUCUUCUGUCUAGUUCUUGUCUUAUAUAGAUAACCAACACUGAAAACUUUGUAGUGACGACUACCAAAGAAAUACAUAGUAAAACAAACUUUUAUAUCCAAAUUAUUGAAGAGCCAGCCAUUGAUGCUGCUACAAGAGUUCCAUGCUCAAGGGCCUUUUAGGAGAGAUUAAGGGGUUUUUAGGUUUAUGAUUUUUAAUUUUUUUUCUUUUGUUUUUUCCUUGAUAAAACAUGCUAGCAUAAAGUUUUGGGGAGCAUUUUCCAGAAUGCUCAGCAGUUGUGAUUAACUGCCAUGCCCAGGUUGCCUCUUGUUAGGCGUUUGAAGGAAUCCUACGUUCGUGAUAAGCAUGGGUGCUGUGUGUGUGUGUGUGUGCCUGUGCACGUGUGCGUGUAUGCAUUCAUGCCUUAACUCGGUUACUGCUCAACUUUAGUGUUUGACUUAGUCUGCACUGUCAUCUAGAUUGUAUUGUACAUCUUGAUCUGAACUUCCUCCUAACAAAAACAAACUUGCAGGCACAACAGGUUAAGAAUACAUUCCUCUGGAAGAGUGUCUGAUCGUAUGGACCUUGAGUCUUCUUUGGACUUUAUUUGGAACUUAGCCUGAAAAGCAAAAGUGGACUGUCAAACAGAAUGUUAACAAGGAAAAGAGGAGAACCAAAUGCUAGCAUGCCUUUUGCCUCUGCAUAUCUGUGCACACUGUAUGUUGUUCAUGAUAGCUUGUCUACAGCUUGACUAGGUUGGAGUUCUGGUAAUAGUGGCAAUCUUGACAUUCUUGGUCGGAGUUUAGAGAAAUGUAAGACUUCCAAUUAAUGUCUUAUUUACUUUAUGUUGAUUAGUCUUUGAUACAUGUGCUGAAUCAGAAACCUAAAUAAAGAUAAUUUUUUAAAAUGUACCGCUUGAACC